GAAAAAUAGCAACGGCUGAGGAGCACAGCUGGGGAAGGAGGAGGCCAGGCUGGAGCUAAAGCGAGUCGCUGUGCAAAGGAAUGGGCGACGUUUGAUCAGAGAAGGUCGUGCUGCAGUACAGCGACGUAAGCUUCGCGUUGGCCGGCGCCUGCAUCUCAACAGCGGGGACGAGGGCAGUGGCAUAUUUUCAUUGACAUUAUUACUAAAGAACCACUGCUUGGGAUGGCCUUCACCAACACUACCAUGCAGAUAUUAGCCAUGUGAAAGAUCUGGAAAAACAAAAUGGGGAUGGCUGAGAGGUCGUGUGUGGCGGUGAGCAGCUGAGGUCGGCUGUGAUCUGGGUCUUCUCUUCUGACUGAGAGCAUGUACAGGAGGAAUGGACUCCCUGCCAGCGUCAGCAUCACCUCUCGCCACACACAGGACAGCAGUAGUUCAGAGUCCCUGGAUGGACGGAGUUUGGACUCUGCCAAGAGCUUUGACGCGGUGGUGUUUGACAUGCUCAAAGUGACACCCGAGGAGUUUGCUAGUCAGAUCACUUUGAUGGACGCUCCUGUAUUCAAAGCGAUACAGCCUGAGGAGCUGGCAAGCUGUGGAUGGAACAAGAAGGAGAAGCAUAGCCUGUCACCCAAUGUUGUGGCCUUCACACGGAGAUUUAACCAGGUCAGUUUCUGGGCAGUGAGGGAGAUAUUGACGGCUCAAACAUUGAAAAUCCGAGCAGAAAUAUUGGGCCACUUCAUCAAAAUUGCCAAGAAACUCCUGGAGCUGAAUAACCUCCACUCUCUGGUGUCGGUGGUCUCUGCUCUUCAAAGCGCUCCUAUCUUCAGAUUGAGCAAGACCUGGGCACUGAUCAGUCGAAAGGACAAGGCCACCUUUGAGAAGCUCGACUUCCUGACGUCAAAAGAAGAGAACUACAACCGCAUGAGAGAGUACACCAGGUCCCUCAAAAUGGCCCCCUGCAUCCCCUAUCUAGGAAUUUACCUGUUUGACAUGACCUACAUUGACUCCGCCUACCCUGCUUCUGACAGCAUCAUCGAGACUGAGCAAAGAACCAAUCAGAUGAACAAUCUACUUCGCAUCAUCUCUGAUCUACAGGUGUCCUGUAACUAUGAUCAUUUAGUCAUGUUACCACACGUGCAGAAGUAUUUGAUGUCAGUGCGCUACAUCGAGGAGCUCCAAAAGUUUGUGGAGGAUGACAAUUACACACUGUCAUUGAAGAUUGAGCCUGGGAACAGCUCACCUCGACUGAUAUCCUCCAAAGAAGACAUUGGAGGACCUUCAGAAGAGUCUGUCUCAGUGCGGUAUAACAGACGACCAACCUGUCCUGAUACAUCAGUGGCUGCCCACCUUCCAACACCCUCUCUUGCCCGACACAGGAAGAGCCACAGUCUGGGGAACAAUAUGAUGUGCCAGUAUGGUGUGGUGGAGAGUAAAAGUGCCACAUUCCCUGCAAAAGAAAAAGCUCGACACCUACUGGACGACAGCUUCUUAGAGUCUCACAGCCCUGUCAGAAACCACACACAUGAUUCAGUAUUUACCAACGGCAUCACAGUUGGUAGUAGAGAGAGCUCUUUUAGUGAUGAAUUAUCAAGUACAGUUGAGAGAGGACGUAUGUAUGCCACACUUGGUCCAAACUGGCGAGUCCCAGUCUGUAACUCUCCCAGAAGUAGAAGUUAUAUUUAUAGCACCCCAGGGGCAGUUUCCAGCUAUGAAUGCAGUUCUCUGAGCAGUAUAACCAUUGAAGGACCCCUGCGAAGAAAGACACUGCUGAAGGAGGGGAAAAAACCCACUCUCUCAUCCUGGAAGCGCUACUGGAUUGUCCUGUCUGGCUCCAUUCUCAUCUAUUUUGGUUCUAAAGCUCUAAGAGCAAAUGAGCGAAGACAUUAUAAAUCCAGGCCAUGUAAAAAGAUCACACUUACAGGUUGGAUGGUGGUUCUUCCAGAAAACCCUGAACAUCCAAACAUUUUCCAGCUCACUGAUCCUGAAAGAGGUAAUGUUUACAAGUUCCAGACUGGAUCACGUUUCUCUGCCAUUAUCUGGCACAGACAUUUAGCCGAGGCAUGCAGGAGUACAAGACCACAGAUACCAGCGAACCUCAUGUCCUUUGAAUAGCUGCUUUUUGGGAAUUUGAAUACAGAUGAAGGGAAUAAACUUAAUGGAGAAAGACAUUGCAGAAGAGUUUAUGCGAGGUGCCAGCAUGUUGGACCUAACAUAGUGUCAUAAAUGUGGCAGCUCUACAGUCCAAAAUAUUGUAGAUACAGCUGCACUGAGAGAGGAUGGUUUUGUGUCUUCAGUUUAGUGAUAAUACUUUACAAUAAGGUUCAAUUUGUUAACAUGAGAAAACGAAUAGUCCACUCAAGAAUGAAAUAUAUACACCCUCAGGCCAGUCUAAGAUUUACAGUAGAUAAGUUUUUUUUUUUUAGAACAGAUUUGAAAAAUUUGCAUCACAUCACUUUUUCAGCAAUGCAUUCUCUGUAAUGAAUGGGUGCUGCUUCUGGCCAAAAUACCAGUUUAUAAUCCAUAAUAACACUGUAGUGAAAAUGUCCUUCCCAUGUUUAGAAAUGUAAACAGCACUUGAUCUAAGCAUAGUUCUAUUCUGAUUCAGAAUGUUUCACUGAAAAAGCAAUAUCAUGGCUAGAGGACUCAUAUUUUAGCUGGAAGAAAGUUAAUGUUUUUUUAAAAACGUCUCAGAUUACGAAUGUAACCAUGGUUCCCUGAGUAGGGAACGAGACACUGCGUCCUCUAGGGGUCACUAUGGGGAACACCUCGUCGUGACCCGUGUCUGAAGCAUACAUUGAAAAAACACCAACAAGUUGGCUGGGGACAACCUCUGCCGUCAUUACCGGCACGACUAUAAAUAGGCACAGGGCGAACACGUCAUUCACUUCUUCGUCUGAAGCUAGCAUCCAAAGCAUGGCAGGGAGCUAGAGGACGCAAUCACAUUCAUAACCUGAGACAUUCCCUUUCAAGGGAACUUCGAACUGCAUCCUCUAGGGGUUGCUGUGGGGCCGCCAUGCUGAGGGGAGUGCAGGCUAGAAUCAUGGCAAACACUAAGUAACAACUCUACCAUUUCCAUGGGAGUAGCCCCUGAGAUGUUUAGACGGCUGUCUGUGACAGAUUAAUGGGGCUUUUAUCAACUCAAGAAAGGGCACGAAGCCCUCACCAUAUAGGAUUUUAGAAGGAAUGCAGAAUACUUGCGUGUGAACUUACCACAGUGUGGAUUUCAGAAAGUGUGCAAAGACUUCACGUGCACACUUACCAUAGCAUGGAUUUAAAAAUACUGUUCUAAGGAGGGGCCCCAGCCAACUCAAGUAGCGCACUCAUAGGCGACCCUUCUUGGAAAAGGAGAGCACUGCUAAACUACCACGAGAAUCGCCCAAAUAGCCCCUCAUGUUGAAUACACACAAAAAAACACUGGCUGAAUGGAGCCCAAGGAACCAGCAUCUAACCAUCUCAAGAAAGGGUACGAGGCAGAGCACGUAACCCUUAUUGGGAAGUCGUGGCCUAAUGGUUAGAGGGUUGGACUCCCAAUCGAAGGGUUGUGGGUUCUAGUCUUUGGCCGGAUGGAAUUGUGGGUAGGGGGAGUGCAUGUACAGUUCUCUCUCCACCUUCAAUACCACGACUUAGGUGCCCCUUGAGCAAGGCAUCGAACCCCCAACUGCUCCCCGGGCGCCGCAGCAUAAAUGGCUGUCCACUGCUCCGGGUGUGUGUUCACAGUGUGUGUUUUCACUGCUCUGUGUGUGUGCAUUUCGGAUGGGUUAAAUGCAGAGCACAAAUUCUGAGUAUGGGUCACCAUACUUGGCUGAAUGUCACUUCACUUUCACUUUCACUUUCACUUUACCGUACAGGAUUUCAUGAAGUACGCAGAGUCUUACGUGCACACUGACCAAUAUGUGGUUUUGAAAAGUACACAGAGCUUAGCGUGUGUACCUAAAGGUUCCUAAGCAUCGCAGAGGCACUGAACCGCACGGGAGAGGCGAGCUCAAAUUUUACAAACUUCUGGCAAGGGGAGCAUCACCUGAGGCAGCAUAUACAAGAAAACUUCUGUAACUGCCACCUGCCAUCCUCUCAUUAGCCGCUUUUGCGCAUCGCCUCGAUGUCAGCAUAACGCUUAUGCCGAAACCGAUGGAUGCGAGAAGAAAUGGCCUCUUCCAUUUCUUUUCGAUCGCUGUAUGGAGAUCAGGCAGAAAAGGAAGGCUCACCUGAGCUGAAGGGCUGUGGUCAGAAAAAUAAUGCUCAUCAAGGUGGCCUCACGGCGUCACCUUGUUAGCGCACUUUCAUGGCAAGUCCAACUUUGCUGUGGCCCAAUCCAUAGCCUCCAACAGCUUUAAAUACACAGGGCAGGAGGAUUGAGAAGGCUCAUCCUCACCUUCUUCACCAUCCUCAAAUAUCUCUCGCUUUUCCUGGGUAAAAACCAAGCAGAGCACUAACCUCAGGAUCAGAAAGUGUUAAAGAUAUCAUCCUCCCAAGGCUCGCUCUUGUCCGCCGCCGAUGAGCGCGAAAGGGAAAGUCCCUCUCUAAACCACUCAGACAGAUCCACCUGUAAUUCUCACAAGCUCAUUCUCCUCUAUGCUUCAGGGGCGGUGGUCCUGUACUGGGAAGCAGAUAGCUGCUUUUUUUCCUUUUUUUUUCUCAGAAAGGGAGGCGAAUGAGAGUUUUUUUCAUUGAAAAAAUGCUCACAAUGCAAGCAGAUUGCAUCCUCAAAGACAUAACGUGCGUGCUCUUCACCCAAACAAAAGACGCAAAGAAAGAUUGUGUGUGUCAUCGUGUGUCAAAUAACGCUGACAGAGAUGCACACAUUGUCUAAACACUUACUAUUAGUCGCCAUGAUAGACAAAAGAAAGAUUGCUCUUACAAGUUCUUUCAAAUGCACGCUUCAAACAGAACAGUCAGUGAAGACGAAGAAGAGGAUGACGUUCUCCCAGAGACUAUUUAUUGUCCCGCUGGUAGUGACUUCAGAGGCUGCCCCAUAGCGACCCCUAGAGGACGCAGUUCGAAGUUCCCUUGAAAGGGAACUACUGUUAGUCCUAUCCAUAAUGUUUUAAAUAAUACAUUUAUGUUAAUUUAUACACUCAUAUAUAAAUGAUGUUAACAAAUUGAAACCUUAUUCUUAGUUUUACCUGACAAACCUAAAGGUACUUGUGAAAUAUGUUGUAAAUAACAUUUGCCAAUAGAUGACUUCAUGUGAUUAAGUGCCAAAAUUACGACCUUUGUUUUAUUAAAUCAAAUAGAAUUAUGUUCAAUUCAAGUUAGAUGUUAGAGAGCAAAAAUGAAAGCAUUAAAUCCCUGGAUGAUGAGCAUGCAUAAAACAUUUAUGACGGCACUUCAUAAGAGGAGCCCUGUAUGAAGGGAAAUUUGUUACACAAAGGGAAUUGCACAUUGACACAAUAAUGGCAUUUUAAUGGAAAAUGUGUAUUAAACAUUAAACUUGUAAUGUCACAGGGAUAAGGAAAUAAGUGACAGUGUAAAUGUGGUGUAGUUCAACUCAAAGUUCUGGAGUGUAUUUACUUUUGAGUGUAUGUCUUGACAUCAUAAAGUGGGCAGGACCCAAAAGGUAUAUAGUUUUGGAUGCUGAUCAGGUUUUUUAUUGAUACUGUUGUAAAAUGUAUAUAUACAAAGCUCUGGGCGAAUGUGAAGGGAAGCAACUGUCUUUUUGUCAGAGACAUGUAUUCAUUGGAGAAACAACAUUUUCAUGGAUGUUCAGUAUUUACAUCUAAUACUUCAGUGUAGUAUUAUUUUUGUUAUUAAUUCUUUCUGAAUACAUCAAAAGGUCUGUACAAAUUGUAAAGUACAUGGCAAAGUCUCGUAUUUUGCACAGUCACACAUUUUUAUAAGGUGUAGGAGUGAAGACUUAUUCACUGAUAUUUAAGCACUAAAUGUGAAGAUGUUGCGUCACGUAAUAAGCAACCGUUCGGCUGUGAUUACAUAGUACAUCUGUGCAAGCACUGAUGUUAUCAGCUAGUAUAGUAUUACAAAGUGGUAGCUAACUCGUUAUUCUUUCUUUUUUGGGGGGUUAUGGUUACCAUACCAUGUGAAAGUUCUCAUAUUUCUGUACAGUAUAUUUCUGUCUUCUGCUAUUAACUGAGUUUUGGAUGUUCUGAUCAGUUCUCACAAUGUGAUGUCAUUGAAACUUCAUAUGGUCUAUAAUGUGCCUAGACCUUUACUAACUCAAUACUUUUGUGUUUUGUCUUUAUGGAAAUAUAAGCCUAAUGAGAAAAAAAAUUGUAUGGUUUGAUUUAUUUCA